GCAUAGAUGGGCGGGUCAGUGGUGCUGGAAGGGAAGUGAGCUUGGAGGAAAACAAUAAACGAAGUCAAAGGUUAUAGAUUUUCCGGAAAAAUUGUAUGACACAAUUGAUAAACUCCCUCCGGUGCUUGAAGACGGAGUUUUGGACAUUUAGGGCACUAUGGAGGCGGUUCCCCGGAUGCCGAUGAUCUGUCUGGAUCUUAAGAAAGCCGGGGACUUUAACAUCAGCCAUUCUGUACGAGAGUUUAUCCACAGCAACUACAGUGAAAGCCCUGAGGACUACAGCGAACCACUGAAACGGUUGGACCAGCUGAGACAGAGUGCAGUGAAUGUGGCCCGGGACUUUGAGGGCUGCAGUCUGCUCAGGAAGUACCUCGGACAGCUCCACUACCUGCAGAGCCGCGUUCCCAUGGCGAAGGGACAGCAGGCCGCCGUGCCCGUCACCUGGACAGAUGUAUUCUUGGGGAAAGCUGUGACUCAUAAUGACAUCAGAUAUGAACAGGCCUGUGUGCUCUACAACCUGGCCGCUCUCCACUCUGCCCUCGGAGCCACAGACAACAGAGUUUCUGAAGAGGGGAUGAAGGUGUCAUGCACUCAUUUCCAGUGUGCUGCUGGCUCAUUCUCCUACCUGAGAGAUCACUACAGCCACAGCUACAGCUCCGACAUGGGCAGCCCCACACUCACCCUUUACAUCAACCUCAUGCUGGGCCAAGCUCAAGAAUGUCUUCUGGAGAAAUCUCUACUGGACAACAGGAAGAGUUUUCUAAUCGCACGCAUCUGUGCUCAGGUAGCUGACUACUAUAAGCAGUGUGUGAAGGCCAUGGAAGUUGCUGAGUCUUCAUCUGGCUUGGGGAAGAGAGAGAAGGAGUGGAGAAAACUCAUCAACAUGAAGAUCAGCUACUUCAGUGCUAUCACACAGUUACACAUGGGGAAACAGGCUGAAGAGCAGCAGAAAUAUGGUGAGACGGUGGCCUAUCUCCAGAAUGCACUGGACAAGCUGAAUGAAGCCAUAAAACUGAGCAAGGGCCAACCAGAGACAGUGCAGGAGGCUCUGAGGUUCAGCAUGGACGUCAUCGGAGGAAAAUUCAAUUCGGCAAAGAAAGACAAUGACUUCAUCUACCAUGAGACUGCGCCUGCAAUGGACACACUGGCUGCAGUCAAAGGAGCCUCCCUGGUGAAGGCGUUGCCCGUGAACCCCACUGACCCCAGUGUGACUGGUCCUGACCUCUUCAACAAACUCGUCCCCAUGGCAGCACACGAGGCCUCCUCUCUCUACAGUGAGGAGAAGGCCAAACUGCUGAGAGAGGUCGUGGCCAAGAUUGAGAGCAAGAACGAGGCGCUGGAGCAGUUCAUGGACUCUCUGUCUCUGGAGUGUGUGACGGACGUGAGUGUGUUUGGGGUGCUGCCCGAGUCCCUGAUGGAGAAGUGUGCUGCGCUCAGCGUCAAAGUCAACGCUGUGCAGAGUCUGGUGAAAGCAAUGCAGGAGUUGGCGGGAGUCAACGCAGAUGUCGAGGAGAAGCUGGGCGAGGUGGGGGAGGUGCUUGAGGAGGAGGCGGCGGCUGAGAAGAGUUUGGGGGAGGUGCUUGGCAACACCCCGCCCCUGCCGAGCCCCGCCCCUCUGGAGGAGGUUCAGAAGGAUUUGCAGCGCUACGAGCAGGCGCACGCCGACGCCACACACACCAACACGGAGCUGCACACACACAUGAGCCAGCACCUGCCCAAUCUACGCCUGCUGCAGGGACCUUUACCGCAGCUCAGAGACAGCCUGCCCGCGCCCACACUCACUGAAGAUGACACAGCUGUUCUGCAGCAGAUGCAAAGGAUCCUGGGGAAAGUGAAUGAAAUGCGCGGGCAACGACUGUCGUUGGAGCAGCAGCUUCGUGACCUCAUCCAUAAAGAUGACAUCACCGGUGUCCUGGUCACCACAGAGCGUGCCCAGAUGAAGGCUGUGUUUGAGGAGCAGUUGCAGAAGUAUUCUCAGCUGCAGGUGUAUAUCCAGCAGAACCUGUCUGCUCAGGAGAACAUCCUGAAAGCCCUGACUGAGUCCAAUGUGCACACUGCUCCAGUGCGCAAACACCUGCAGGACACACACGCAAAGUGGGAACGUACUGUCCGGGGCUUGCUGAUGUCAUCGGAGGCCUACGAGGAUCUCCUGCGGAAGGCGGAGGAGGGGCGGAGCUUCUACCAGGGGCUUCUGGGUAAAUGCUCCGCCCUGCUGCAGAGGGCCAAAGAGCAGAGCCAGGAGCGGGAGCAGGAGAGACUCCGACUGUUAGACAGGGCGGUUGGCAAAGCUCCUUCCAGACCCUCAGCCCCAAAGCCCCUCCCAGACCGAGGCUCCUCCCCCUCCAGCCUUCCAGACCCCCGACUCCACGCCGCCCCUCUCCCAAACCCCUCCCUCCUCCCUGGGGGCAUUUCUGGACCCCUCUCCUGGCCCCCCGGGGCACCACCUGCCCCUCUGGAUGUCCAGAUGGGGCGGCAGCCUUUCUCCUGCCCCCCUCGUAUGCCCCAAACCCACCCAGCAACCCCCCAGCCACCAGGGGGAGCACCCCACAGUCAGCCGCCGGCUGGCAGCCAGCCAAAUGUCAUGCAGACGCCUUCGUUUGGAUACGUCCCGUCUCCAUGGCAACAGGUUCCGGGCACCCUCUCUCAACAUCCCAUGAUGCCUGGGGGCUACAUGCCCUCGCCUCAGAUGGGGCAAAAUAACCCCAGACCAGGCCAGAUGCCCCCUCCUCAUCUCACCCCUCAGUACCCUGGCCCCCCAGAGGUCACCCAGGCCCCCCAGAGGUCACCAUAUGGGUUCUUCUGCCCCUCCCAUGCCCCUCGGCCCCCCUUACCAGCAGUAUUUCCCCCCUCACACUGCUGGUAUGCCCACCCCUCCUGUCAGGGCAUCUUUUCCAGGGCACACAGGACUCCCUGGCUACCCUGGCAUGCCUUUACAGCAGCCAGCGCAGAGCCUUGCCAACCCGCCGGCCCGUCACCCUUACCAGCCUGCCAUGCCAGGCCAGAACCAGGCACCCCAGGGUGUACCGCAGCACCAGGGCAUGACUACAGCCCCACACAGAAUGCCCAUGCCCAUGCCCGGGCAAACUCCGGGGCCUGUCUACUCUCCUCAAGCCCAGCAUGGGGUGGGCUACCUGCCCCCCUCUGCCCAAAACUACCCCCAGAUGCCUUUCGGGUACCCGGCUUCGCAGCAGAGAAUGCCCCUUCCAGCAGGUGGUGUGCCAGUCCAGGGUGGCAUGCCCUUGUAUGCCCCUCAGCCCCUCAUGCAUCCACAACCCCACCCAAACCUAAUGCCCCACCCCAACCACCCCCCUAUGUCCGCCCACGCACCACCCCCCGACCUCCAGCAGCCUCUGGUCCCUCAGCAGGUCAGCACUCCAUCGUCCGGGAUGGCCGUUACCACGGCAACCGGUCCCCCAGGGUCCGUGCCCAUCACCCCUCUCCCUCCUGCGUCCGCUAAUAGUGUAGCUCAGUUUCAGCCUCCUGGCUCUAUGGAGGGCCGGGGGACCACGGCUGCUUCUGUGCCCGACAUCGGAGCAUCACAGCUGGGCAUGCCGUCUGUGGAGGGGUCCCUAGCUGGAGUAGAUCCACUACAGGCCAGAUUGGAGAGGCUCAACCUACAGCCACCAGAGGGAGCACUUCCACAGCAGGGAGAGUUUGCUGCCUCUGCCAAUCAACUCUCUCAACCAAUCAAUGGACCACCUCACUCUCUCCACCAGAUGGAACCGAAGUACGGCGUUGCAGAGCCCGCCCCCAGUGAAACAGGAAGUAAAGAAGCCAACGGAGUCACCAAACACAGCGACCUCCUGAGUGACCUGGACCCUCUGUGGAAUUUCCAGAAGAUCUGAACUGAACACACACACACACACACACACACACACACACACACACACACACACACACACACACACACACACUACCGUCCCACACUAAAUAUCAUAUCCUAUAUCUUAUCCGUUGGCACACACUACACUUACACUGGCUCGUCAUUCCCAGGACCCUCUAGUGAUCAUUAUUAUGUGUGCAUACAUCUCACCUCUCUCCCUCUCUCUUUCGCCUUUCCCCUCAUUCCCUCCCUCUCUCUCACUCUCUCUCCUUCCCUCUUUUCUCUCGCACUCCCUUGAUGGAACCUUUAAGCUGAACACAAUUCACUGUUACUGGACGUAUGAAAAAUAAAGUUACAUAUUCAUGUCAUCAUUUAUCGCCAUAGACACACUACGACUAUGAGUCUCUCUGCGUGUUUUUGUCUGUUGUUCCAUUUGAGUCAUGGAAUCAAUGUGUAUUCUGUAUGUUGUAAUCACAGACCUUACUCUUGCAGACACACACACACACACACACACACACACACACACACACACACACACAAACAAUUUUCAGCGUUCGCUUGUUUCUGUUCUAUGUAGUCAUGUACAUAUACUUUUUUCAAAGCAUUAAACUGGCAUUUAAGCAUUUA